AACGUGACUCGUGCAACAUUUGGUCAAACAUUUCUGACUCACCUCAAAAAAAGUCUUCUUCAGUAUGGACUUCCAAAACGUUAAUUCCCUAAAUGUUCGACUGAACAUGUUCUCAGGCAAUUUGUUACCGAUGACUAGCGAUGAUUCGUUGUUUCCUAUUCCAUGGAGAAUAUACAGCGUGAUUAUAUGGCUAAUUGAAAUGAUUUACAUCUGCGGAAUGACCUUGGCACUCAUAUUGAUACCGAAGGAGGUUCUUCAAGAUGGAGGAACGAUGGGCUUCUUGGUGAGCAUAGAAGUAUUCGUUUUGAUGAUGCGAAUGAACUCACGCAGAGAUUUAAUAAGUCAGUUGAUCAAAGAUCUGAAUGGCAUGCUGCGUUCCGAAGACGAGACCAUGAAGAACAUCGUACUGUCGAUCUUGAAACCAAUCAAUACUCCGCUCGAGUUUUAUUGGAUAGCUGGUACCAGUUCUCUAAUGAUAUGGUCUUACAUACCGCUCGUAGUACUCUCCAAGAAGACAUAUUUCUCGUACAGCGAUUUUCGAGUACCAAUCGUCUUGACAAAACAGCCAUUCACGGUAGAGAUCUUCGUGCUGGGAACCAUUCUCGUAUUUAUCGGCAACCUAUAUCUGUUUACAAAGAAAGUUGCCCUGGAUGUGUACAUGAUCAAUUUUGUGCUACUGAUGACAGCGCAAUAUCAUUACAUCGCAACGAAGCUUGCAAUGAUAUUUCGCGAUGCACAAGAUACGGACGAUAAAGUACGAGAAGGAUGUUAUUUUAAAAUAAGUUCUUAUGCCGAAAGGAGAAUGAGAACGUUAUGUAGACAUCAUAACUCUGUGAUGUACAUAACGUCAAUGUUAAAAGAACUAUUAUCUUCGAAUAUGAGUUUAAUGUACUUGAGUAAUGUUUUUCGGUUUUGCUUUCUCGGCAUUAUGUUAAUAAGUGCAAUAUUAUCGUCGAAUUUGUUCGACACAUUUAUGAUCAGCAUGUUUAUAUCCGGUGGCUUAGUGCAAUUGUAUAUUCUAUGCUUAUGUGUGCAACAAUUGCUAAAUGCGAGCAUGGAAAUAACGAAUAGAGCAUUCCACGAAAAAUGGUAUCAGUAUGAAUCAUCGCUAAAACGUAUUUUCAUGUUGAUGAUAAUGAGUAAUAAUUUAGUAUGCAAACUUUCAAAGUUUGAGAAAUUUAAUUUGUCCUUAUCUUCGUUUACGACGAUUUUGAAUCAGUCGUACUCGAUCGCUCUUCUAUUCUUAAAAAUGAAAUGAGAAUCGUACAAAAAAGAUAUUUUGGAAAAUGGAUUGAAAUUAGUAAUUAAUGUGAUAUCUAAGCAUUACCACACAUAUGUGUCAGUUUGAGAUAAUACUGAAAAAGAAAAUUUUGAAUUGAUAUUUUGAGAACACUCAAUAAAUCACUAUCCUUUAUUA